GUUGUCCGUAUAGGGCGCCCUCUUCCUGGGGCCUUAACAACAAAAAAUCAUACAACCAUCCCACUCCAAGUAUUUAUUUAUCAGGUUGUGAUCGGCGGAAGCCUCAAGAUUUUACUUUUUCACCGUACUCUGCAUGCUUACCGGGGAAUCGUUCUACUUUUCUUCAGCUCCAAGGGGUAUGGUGGAUCAGGUUAUGAACAUCUGAUUGGUUGUCGUGACUGAAUUCGUCGUAAGUUGUCGUCAGGUCGUCUAGUCGCGUCGCGGCUGCCGGGACAUGAUGAACUUGGUGAAAUACAUUUGUAAAAAUGUCACAAAUGUUGAGUUAGUCUUCUUGCAUGUCAUGGUCUGAAUCUGAAUCGUAUUGUCGGCAAAGCCUCCUUCAGGAACCAUCACACCAACUUGAUCAUCACAGUCAAUACGGCCUUAUUCAUUGUUAGCCAUAGCCGAUGAACGAUCACUCACCGUCAACAGUUGUGUUCACGCUCGCUUGUUCAGUCCGAAAGACGAAAGUAGCCUGGACUUCCCAGCAGGUGCCAGGAUAGUCCGAGGUCACCAGGCUUUCCCUUGAUUGUAUUUAUGGCAAGUUUGCUCGAUUUGCCUGAUGAAGUCCUGUUGGCCAUCCUAACCCAUCUGAGCAUCGCAGACAUUGGCCGGACGGCCCAGGUGUGCAGGAGACUAAGCCAUCUGAUUGGUCAGGAUGCUGUGUGGCGACCAAUCAGCAAGAACCUUGUCAAUAUCCAUGAAGAAGAGGAUGAAACGAAGCGCUGUACUCACUACAGAACUGGCCGGCGAUACGUCAGCCUGAAGGAGAAGUGUCGUAUCUCUCUCAACUGGUCCACGGGGCACAAAAGAGACAUCCUGCUAUGCAAAUUUAAAACAAGGUAUUUACCAUGGCUUCAGCUAGACGGUCAGCAUUUAUACUCCAGCCAGGGAGACAAGGUCCACUGUUUCCGGUUGUCGGACCACGGCCACAUCUUCAAGAAGCCUGUGGUGUCCUUCCUAGGACAGUCAGGUGACGUGUCCCGCUUUGUCGUCAGGAACGGGAAUCUCCUGACAAGUGGCUGUGAUGGCAAAAUGCUGCUCUACCACAAGCACACUGGUGCCCUGCUGGGCUGUUACCAGCCGGACCACCGGCUGCCCAGCUGUGUCAACUUCACCUCAGUGGACAUGACCGACGAUGUGGUCAUCGGCGGCCUGAAUGACCAGUGCAUCCACCUGUGGAGCCUCCACAGCCAGCAGAGCAUACUGUCCAUCCCUGUACUGGACAGGGUCUGGUCGGUCCACGCAAGCCCCAGUCAGAGUUCUUUUGCGAGUGGUAACGCCGGAACAGCUGAUCAUCAACCACUGAAAAUUUGGGAUAUUGAAAACGGUAGACACAUAUUGUCCGUUGGCAGUAAUUGGAGACAUGGCGCUGGCAUUCUUCACAUGCAGUACGAAUCACCUGACACGUUGCUGUCUUGUGGAUAUGACACCGCAGUCCGCAUGUGGGAUCUGAGAACAAGCUGCCAGUCUCCCGUUAUUGAGCUGGAAGACCCCCACGACUACACCGUGUACCGUCUGCAGUCGGACGGCAAGUACCUGAUCGCUAGUGGGACGGCGCUGUGGAGCGUGGUCAGACUGUGGGACAAGCGCAUGACCAAAACGUUACAGCAGAGUUUCUUUGUCGACCGCCGGAGCAACAGUCCAGUCUACAGCUUGCAGUUCAACGGCAGCCACAUGUACGUCGCUCUGAACACGUCACUAAGAGCUCUGAGUUUUGCUGCCAACUGAAGAAAAUACACCAUGCUAAACGUUCACAGGCGGCGUCUCGUACUGAGGCUUGAAUUGAAACUUGUGUUGGUUCAUACAUAACUGAAGGGCAGGCACCAUCUUUGGGCACGGUUAGUACCAUCACUCUUGUGCGGUGGUUGAGAGCGCCGACACCUGCAGAUUAUGCUGGAAAGCAGCGAUGCUGAAGCACCUUUUCGUGUGACGGUGCCCCAACUUCUUCAGCCAUACCAGUAAAUCAGCCCGGCUGACUUCAAAUGUCAUGAAAAAACUUUUAAGCAGCUUGGCAGCUGUUCAGCCUAGCAGGAUUAAAUGGCUUGUCUGCGUGGAAGAAGUCACUUUUAGGAGUUUUGCAUUAUAGCGUACAGUUCAUCAAGCCUGUACAGGGCAACGUUGGCCACAACUUCAUUCCACCCACCAAUGUGGCGCCUGCCCGUAUGGAAGUUGCAGUGGCCGUACAUUUUUACUGGACUGAAUUAGUAUGCUGGAGAGUUUUUACCUCAAAAAGAGGACACCAGCAAAAAGUGUGACUUGACCGAGGCUUUGUAAAACAAAGAAAAUGGAUAGUUUUUUGAAUUUGGUUACCUUGAUGGUCAAAGGCAUCUUCAACUUUGGCGUCUAGCUGCUUUAGUCUUGAAGCCUUGAGGGUAGAACUUUGCAUUUAUAGUCCAAAACCUCUCUGACAAGGUCGUUGGGACUUAAUAUAUUAACUUAUGAGUGCAGGGGUAUUUUUCUUUCUCACACUGAAAUCAGACAAAAAAAUAUGUUUAAUCACAGCUUUCUACAGGUAAUAUGUGCAAGAUGAUUUUGAUUUUGAAUCCACGUAAUUAUGCCAUUUCUGAAAUUCACGACCCACACAAAAUCAUUCAACUCUACAUAUCAAAUACUCAAAAAGUAUUUCCGAUUUGUAUAAAUUCCAUUUUAAUAACAAUGCAGACAAGUCUACCAACGAAACAAAAAUCUCUUCCAAACAAGAUGAUUUUUGGUUUUGCUCGCGACUUUUAUUAAUCGUUAAGUACAACCUCUUUACUGCUUAAUGCCCUCCCGAGCCAGGGGACAUGUAAAUACAGAACUUCUGUACUCUAUUCACGUUUAUGAUGAUGAAACUUCAGAACACGAAUCAAGGUCAGAUUAUUGGAGCCGAUUGUACAAACUGGUUUCCGAAGACACACAACAUCUGGCAAAGCAGAAGGUUCGAAAUUUAAAAAAAAUCUCUAGCACCGGCGACCUCCUUGUUUCGGUAUUUCGUAGUCAGGCUCAUGUCCUCUGCAAGUACUCUGUGCAGGCAUGGUAUUUUCAGGGGGAAACAACAGUCCCCUUUCGAAAUGCAUGCACAUGUCUGACCACUUUUUAAGCAGCAGUACGAGCAAAAGAGAUCACGCUAUUCCACAACUAAAAAACAAUUCGAGGGCUCACCGUGGCGAUACUCGCCUAGAUCCCGCAGAGAGAUCAACUCCCAUUUGAGGCAUUUUUUGUAUGUGUGUGUGUCCAGGCUACUGAACUUUCAUUUCCAAAAUGGGAAAGUCUGUCAUAAGCCCCGUUCCAAAAUACUGAUGCUCAAGCUAUAACUAGCCACAAAUGACUAAUAAUUCUUUGAAUAAACAUAUGCAUGAAGUCCCAUGCACGGGGAGAAAAAAAAAGGACCAUGUGACAGAAAAUGCACAGGGUUCACACAAAUCUUGAAAGCAUAUUACAUGACUUCCAAGACUUUCCAAGACAAAACUGUGACAAGUUCCAUGACAUUAAACCCCCAUGUUGCAGAGAAAAGUAGUCUGGUAUUGUAAACUGGAAGACUUCCAAAGCCGCUACUUUGGCCUGUGAAGUUAUCUUUAUUCCAUUGCAACAUAAAAAACAUUCCACAGCCUAUCCAAAAUAAUGACCUUAAUUUCCUUGCACCCCCCUCUGACAACAGGAUUCCGUGACAUCCUAGUUUCCCCGUUAUCCACGACCACUGGAGCCCUGUUGCGCAACAAAGAAUUGAAGCAAACAGGUUUCAGAGUACCAGCGGCACGCAAGGAUUAGCCAAAACUCUUACGAUAAGCAGGAGGCCCUUUAAAAUGCUUUACGCUAACCUAGCGAAUGCGUAACGAGUACAACUGUGUAUUUCAUCCGUUUGCGUUGGGCCACUGCGCAGAACUGAUAAAUUCCAGAGCUGUAGCCGUACGCACUUACCACGGAGGUCAAUUAAAAUCAAUUUUUACAGUCUUCAAAUGUACAACGUAUGUAUAAUUAUGUAUCCUUACAGUUUACUUACAGUCAGGGAUAGUUUCAUGUUACAAUCAAGUAACAGAAGGGUCAUUCUAUAAAUCUGGGGUUCAGCG